AUAUAUAAAUAGGAAUAUCUUAACAUACAUUUUUGUAAUCAGUAUUAAACUGUCAUCAAGAUGUAUCGAUUGUGUUUUUUUAUUUUUUUAACUAACGUAAAUAAUUUCAUUGCAUCUCCUGUGGGAUCGGAUUUAGCUUCAAGUUUUUUGGAAUAUAACAUUGUUCCCGAUGUUGUAUCUGUGGUACCUGACGAAUAUUUGGCUGUAAAAUUCCCGAGUGGUGCAGAAGUGCAUAAUGGCAACGUGUUGACUCCUACCCUGGUGAAGGACCUUCCUUCACUCUCGUGGAAUGCGGAACCUGACUUCUUUUAUACUGUUGCGAACGUUGAUCCUGAUGUGCCUUCUCAUGAUGACCCAACACAGGGACAGGUUGUCCAUUGGUUGGUGGGCAACGUGCCAGGAGACGACAUCUUAGCAGGAGAUCAGCUCAUGGAGUACUUUGGAGCUGGACCAGCACUGGACACUGGACUGCACCGUUAUGUGUUCUUAGUCUACCAACAACCAGCUAAACUGGAAUUUGAUGAGCCUAGGAUGUCAAAUAUGUAA